AUGAACUUCUCCGAUCAGUCAGCCUUGAAUUUUGUUCUAGUUUCCCAGGAGUAUGACCACGACAUUCCUGGAAGAUGGCCCGUCGAGUCCAUGCUUUCUAUCCAGAAAGCCGUUGAAAGUCAAUCAUGGAUGACGUUCAGCUGGGUUCAAAUUACCUCUAUUCUUAUAGUUAUAUGGCUACUUAUUGUGGCGACUCUACGAGACCGGAGAGAGCGGCAGAGGAGAAAACGCUUCAACUUUCCUACGAGAGAGUCGUUUGCCAGAAUGACCGUUCGUGAUGCCUGGGCCAUUCAGCUUAAUCUCAUGGACACCGAGACCUCCUUUUUCUUCAUGCUUGCACUGAAGUUUGCCAUUUUUUCGGUCAACGGUAUACCUUCCAUUUCUGGCUUGCUGGUCAAGACAAAUAAGCUCCCUUCGGAGCGUGUUCAUCUACGCUAUUCCAUGACCUCAGUCAUGAUCGCUGAAUUUCUCGCCUUCCCGCCUGAUGAUGAAAGGGCAUUACAGGCUAUAUCUCGAAUGAACAAUAUCCACCAAACUUACCAGAAGGCCGGUAAAAUUUUAAACGAUGAUCUACUAUACACCCUUGGGCUUUUUGCUUAUCUCCCUGUCCGGUGGGUCGGUAAAUAUGACUGGCGUGCACUGACUGACAUGGAGAAAUGUGCACUGGGUACAUUCUGGAAAGAUAUUGGUGAUUGUAUGGAAAUCGACUAUUCACAACUACCAUCCUUUAAGUCUGGCUGGAAGGAUGGUCUCCACUGGCUUGAGGAAAUCACAGAAUGGGGAGAUCAAUAUGAAAAAAAGAACAUGGUUCCCUGCGAGAGCAACCGGACAGUUGCUCUCUCCGCUAUUGGUAUCAUACUCUAUAUUGUUCCUGACUUCCUAAAACCGACGGCAAAGAAGAUGAUAUUUGCUUUACUGGAAGAUAGAAUGAUAAAGGCGUUGAUGCUUCCUGAGUCAUCCAAAUUAUAUAAACUCUCCGUUGAGGCUAUACUUAAUAUCCGACGUUAUAUAGUCCGCUACUUCUUUCCACCUCGCCCUUCGUGCAUGCGCUUCCAACCCCUGGCUGCAGAGCCUGACAAGGAUGGCAGGUAUUAUCUGCAAACAUACGACUCCAAACCUUUCUACAUCAAACCCACAAUUUCAUCCCGCUGGACUUCUCCUGCUGCUAUUAUUAGAAGGGUUCUUGGCCUGCCUUUGCCAGGAGACAAUGGUAACGAGUAUUGCCCUCGAGGGUAUCGACUGGAAGAGCUAGGUCCCUCCUGGAUCCUGGAGAAAAAGACAAUCCAACAAGAUGUUAAAAUCGCUCGUCAAAGAUUGCACGAAAAUCACACCACUGGCUGCCCCUUUGGAUGA